AUGUUUAUGAUUGCCACAGAUUCAUGGACUUGGCUCAUGUGCUUUCUUAUCAAAAAAGUACUCUUGCAGACCACAGAUGAACUCAACGCUUACCGACUACUUUCACUGCUCUACAAUCCAUCAAUCACAUAUCUACUGGACUACCUGCGUAGGGCAAUGACUUCCUAUAGAGAGGUAGCACAAAUCGUUGAGUCUAUUAUUUUGCAGGUGAUCAGUUUACGACAUCCUUCAUUCGAUGUAUUACGCAUCAUCACGCUUGAUUUAUUCACGGAGCCUUUCUUACUGGAUAAUAUGUCAAAUCAGGCAAUGUCUGAUAUGGUUACUCAACUGCCACUUGGUCCAUGGUUAGUUGUGGUAGGUGAUCUAGUCAAGGAAGGAGCUAUCAAGGACGACGCGUCUAUGGCCGGACUACUGAUGAAUGUGACAGAAAUGGGAUACAUACAACAUGGGAAAUAUCUAGAUGACCAUGUUUUGGCAAAGUAUGCAAAAGCAAUUCAGUUAUUGCUCAGUCAUUUACCAGUCUCUUUCUUGACAUCAAAUUAUAUUCAUGUCCAAGAUGAUGCUGGCAGAGAUAGUAGUGAUGAGGAUGUAGAAAUGAUAGAAUUACCAACAAAAAUAUCACCAUUGAUAAAGAAUCGUCUUGAAUCACUUUAUAAUACCGAAAAGAUAAACAGUCUGCUGUCGAGGUGCAUGCAAUUGACUGCUACGGACAGCAACGCCAUACGAUUUGUAUCUAGCUUUAUCAAUACACUCUUACUGCGUUGGCCAAUGAAAAAGAAUGACAUUUUAAAUACAUUGUUGUACAAGUCUGUUGCUAUGCAACAAUUGCUACAGACCUUGUGGCAGUCAUGGUCUGCGUCAAAGGAAGCACAAUUAUUUGGACAAGAGCAGAUUAUAUAUCGGUUGAACGAGGCAAUUUCACUUCUGACAGAUGCUGACAGUAGUGAGAGUUGGUCCACUUUAUAUUUAUUAUGUGAGAUAUAUACAAGGUUGUUAUUAACUAUUGCUGAUACCGAACUCUUAAGUGAUGACCUAAAUCAACACCCGUUCCAACUGAAACAAAUCAUACAGCUAAGCACACACUUAAAGACGAUUUCCUUUGUCAUGUUUUGGCGUGCGGAUAAUAUGGACCUGUCAAGAGAGAUUAGCCAUUCAGGUAUCCAACUUCAUCAGUUACGAUCAACCAUCACGCAGCUAUUACAACAAAUCCAUAUGAGAGACUCACGUCGAUCGUUUUGCCCUACUGACCACUGGUUGAUCAAGGACCUGAACACAGAUAAUUUCUCAAGUGCUGCUGUGGCAGAAGAAUUCAAUCUAGAAACGGAUCAGCAAGAGAAGAAGCUGUCGAAAGGAAGAUUGGCCAUUAUCAGCCCUCGUUUAGGCAUCCUGAACAAUAUUCCCUUUGUGGUACCCUUUGAACAGCGUGUAGAGAUAUUUCAACAGUUUAUACAAAACGACAAGAAAAGAAACAACAUUGACGAGCGAUUCCGUGCUCGUGUGGGCGCAACUAUCCGAAGAGAUCAUAUAUUUGAAGAUGGGUUCAACGCGUUCCAUAAAUUGGAUGUUGGGCUGAAGGAUAAAGUAGCGAUUUCAUUCGUAGAUGAAUUUGGACUGGAAGAAGCGGGUAUUGAUGGAGGCGGCGUGUUUAAAGAAUUCUUGACAGGACUGAGUCAUGAAGCAUUUGAUGUCAAUUAUGGUCUGUUUGUUGCUACACCUGAACAACUCUUAUACCCAAAUCCUAAUUCUUUUGCUACUGAAUCGCAACAAUUGGAAUACUUUCGAUUCCUAGGGUUGAUUAUUGGUAAAGCUGUAUAUGAGGGGAUACUGCUGGAUGUACCAUUUGCAAGUUUCUUUUUGAAGAAAUGCUUGGGAAAAGUAAACUAUUUGGACGAUUUAUCAUCACUAGACCCAGAACUUUACAAGGGCUUACUAUCGCUUAAAAAGUACGAUGGCAACGUGGAAGACCUUUCACUUGACUUUACUGUGACGCAUGACGAAAUGGGUAGCAGUAAAACUAUUGAACUUGUGCCAAACGGCAGCCAAGUCCCUGUGACCAACCAAAACAGGAUUCAAUAUAUUUAUCUCGUGGCCAACUAUCGACUGAAUGUACAGAUAGCCAAGCAAUGCCGAGCAUUCUUCAAGGGGCUUUCAACCAUUGUAGAUAUCAAAUGGUUACGUAUGUUUAACGAGCAGGAGCUUCAAGUGCUCUUGGGUGGUGCCUCGAUCCCAAUUGACUUGGCUGAUUUACGUGCCAACACAGUGCUUGCAGGUUACGACGAACGUGAUGCUACAAUUCAAAACUUUUGGAAAGCGCUCGAAUCAUUUGACAAUACACUGCGUAUGAAAUUUGUCAAGUUUGUCACAUCGUGUUCUCGUCCUCCUCUGUUGGGUUUUAAAGAGCUGGUGCCCAAGUUUUGUAUUCGAAAUGCAGGUGUUGAUGAUGACCGGUUGCCGACGAGUUCAACCUGUGUAAACCUGUUGAAAUUACCCAAUUUUUCUUCUUAUCGAGUAUUGAGAGAAAAACUGCUCUAUGCUAUCACUGCUGAUGCAGGAUUUGAUCUUUCUUAA